AUGGAUCUAGAAAGUCGCAUCAAGGCAUAUCGCUUCGUGGCCUAUUCGGCGGUCACGUUUUCCGUCGUUGCUGUACUAUCUGUUUGCGUGACUUUACCUAUGGUUUACAACUAUGUCCAUCAUGUACGCCGGCAAAUGCACAACGAAAUAACGUUUUGCAGGGGAUCAGCAAAAGAUAUCUGGGCAGAAGUACACGAGCUAAAGAACAUUCCUGUUACAAAGAAUCGUACAGCCCGUCAAGCUGGUUACGGAGGUGGCGAUGUCGGUGUUAGCGGUGGUCAGUCAUCGCAAGGAGGAGGAGGAGGUUCUUGCGAUGCAUGUUGCUUACCAGGAGCAGCGGGACCACCAGGUCCACCCGGCAAACCUGGUAAACCAGGCAAACCUGGAGCUCCCGGCUUACCCGGCAAUCCUGGUAGACCACCAAGUCAACCUUGUGAACCGAUAACACCACCGCCAUGCAAGCCCUGUCCAUCAGGACCACCUGGACCACCCGGACCUCCUGGACCACCUGGAGAUGCUGGUCAACCAGGGGCACCAGGCCGACCUGGAGCAGAUGCACCACCAGGUGAGCCUGGACCGAAAGGACCGCCAGGACCAGCCGGAGAACCUGGACCACCAGGACCACCAGGAGAUGCUGGAACACCUGCGCCAAGUGAACCUACGGUUCCCGGAGAACCUGGACCUCCUGGAGAACCAGGACCACAAGGAGCACCUGGGCCACCAGGCCGGCCAGGUAGCGAUGGUACACCAGGUCCAGCCGGUCCGAAAGGACCACCAGGACCCAAUGGUCAACCAGGGUCAGAUGGCGCACCGGGACAACCGGGACCACCAGGGCCACCAGGAACCCAGGGUGAAAAAGGAAUUUGUCCGAAAUAUUGUGCCAUUGAUGGUGGUGUAUUUUUCGAAGACGGUACUCGCCGUUAA